GCCACAGGUGGGAGAGGAAAAAGAGAAGUGGGGCUUGGGGACAAGUGGGCCUGGGCCAGUGCUGCCUACUUGAGGACACAUGAGUCAGCUUUCAGGCUACCAAUAAUUGAAAAGAAAAGCAGAGGGGCUAGUAAUUGAUAAUGGGUGCCAGGGAUUGACUGCUUUUUAUGUGCCAGGCAAGGGGCUGAGCAGUUUAUGAGCGUCACUUUGUCUUGGACUGUUAACCCCAUUCUCCAGAGGAGAGAACUGAGGCAUAGAGAAAGUCACGACACAGACGGUUCCAUCCCAGCGUAAUCCUACCGCCCUGUUCCCUGUGCCCACAAUGGCGCCUGACACAUAGGAGGGGCUCAGUAAGCAUUGGCUGCAGUGGCAUCACUUAUUGCCUCGAAGCGGAGGAUCCCUGUGUCCCAGCCAGGCAUGGCUGACCCUCACCAACUUUUUGAUGACACAAGUUCGGCCCAGAGCCGGGUCUAUGGGGCCCAGCGAGGACCCAGCAGCCUGGGCUAUCAUGCACCCUCCACCUCAUCCCAGGCAGCCUUCCUGGAUGAUCCUGUGUCCAACAUGGCCAUGGCCUACGGGAGCAGCCUGGCCGCGCAGGGCAAGGAGCUGGUGGAUAAGAACAUCGACCGCUUCAUCCCCAUCACCAAGCUCAAGUAUUACUUUGCCGUGGACACCCUGUACGUGGGCAAAAAGCUGGGCCUGCUCUUCUUCCCCUACCUGCACCAGGACUGGGAGGUGCAGUACCAGCAGGACACGCCAGUGGCCCCCCGCUUUGACGUCAACGCUCCUGACCUCUACAUUCCAGCUAUGGCUUUUAUCACCUACGUCUUGGUGGCUGGCCUGGCGCUGGGGACCCAGGAUAGGUUCUCCCCAGACCUCCUAGGGUUACAGGCCAGCUCGGCGUUGGCCUGGCUGACGCUGGAGGUACUAGCCAUCCUGCUCAGCCUCUACCUGGUCACUGUCAACACCGACCUCACCACUAUCGACCUGGUGGCCUUCUUGGGCUACAAGUAUGUCGGGAUGAUUGGCGGGGUCCUCAUGGGCCUGCUCUUUGGGAAGACUGGCUACUACCUGGUGUUGGGCUGGUGCUGCGUGUCCAUCUUUGUGUUCAUGAUCCGGACGCUGCGGCUAAAGAUCCUGGCGGAGGCAGCGGCAGAGGGAGUCCCAGUGCGAGGGGCACGGAACCAGCUGCGCAUGUACCUGACGAUGGCCGUGGCGGCGGCGCAGCCUCUGCUCAUGUACUGGCUCACCUUCCACCUGGUGCGGUGAGGGCAGUGGGCCGCGCCUCCAGCUGCUGUUCCUGGCUGCCACCGCUAAGCUGCUCAUCUCCCGUCCACCUGCCGGUCUAGGACCUCCCGCCCACCCGCUGUGGCCUCCAGGCGCUGUCCACCCAGCCCGAGACUCUCCCCCUCCUGACCCCCCCAGGUGCUGAGAUCCCCAGCUGCACAGGCCACCCCACCCCCGCAGGCGGCCCCUCUUCUGGAAACAAUAAACCGUGGUGGGCCCAGU